UCAGCGAUGGCGCUCUCCCUGACCGGGCUCGUUGCCUUCUCCUUCCUGCAAGCCACCCUUGCCCUGAACCCCGAGGACCCCAACGUGUGCAGCCACUGGGAGAGCUACGCUGUGACUGUCCAGGAAUCGUAUGCACACCCCUUCGAUCAGAUCUAUUACACACGAUGCACAGACAUCCUCAACUGGUUCAAGUGCACCAGGCACCGGAUCAGUUAUAAGACGGCAUAUCGGAGAGGCCUCCGGACCAUGUACCGGCGGAGGUCCCAGUGCUGCCCCGGCUACUAUGAGAACGGAGACUUCUGCAUACCCCUGUGUACAGAGGAGUGUGUGCACGGCCGCUGCGUUUCCCCGGACACCUGCCACUGCGAGCCUGGCUGGGGAGGGCCCGACUGCUCUAGCGGCUGCGACAGCGACCACUGGGGGCCCCACUGCAGCAACCGGUGCCAGUGCCAGAACGGCGCCCUGUGUAACCCCAUCACAGGCGCCUGCGUGUGCGCCGCCGGCUUCCGUGGAUGGCGCUGCGAGGAGCUCUGCGCGCCUGGCACCCACGGCAAGGGAUGCCAGCUGCCGUGCCAGUGCCGACACGGUGCCAGCUGCGACCCCCGCACCGGCGAGUGCCUCUGCGCGCCUGGCUAUACCGGCGUCUACUGUGAGGAGCUGUGCCCUCCUGGGAGCCAUGGAGCUCACUGUGAGCUGCGCUGCCCCUGCCAGAAUGGGGGCACCUGCCACCACAUCACUGGCGAGUGUGCCUGCCCCCCAGGCUGGACGGGAGCAGUGUGUGCCCAGCCCUGCCCACCAGGAACAUUUGGCCAGAACUGCAGCCAGGACUGUCCUUGCCACCAUGGAGGGCAGUGUGACCACGUGACUGGACAGUGCCACUGUACAGCUGGAUACAUGGGGGACAGGUGCCAAGAGGAGUGCCCCUUCGGGACCUUCGGCUUCCAGUGCUCACAGCGCUGUGACUGCCACAAUGGUGGGCAGUGUUCACCUACCACAGGUGCCUGCCAGUGUCAGCCUGGCUACAAGGGCCCACGCUGCCAGGAGCGACUGUGCCCAGAGGGCCUUCAUGGCCCAGGCUGCACCCUGCCUUGCCCCUGUGACGCUGACAACACCAUCAGCUGCCACCCAGUAACCGGAGCUUGUGCCUGCCAGCCAGGCUGGUCUGGUCGCCACUGCAAUGAAUCCUGCCCUGCCGGCUACUAUGGCGAUGGCUGCCAGCUGCCUUGCACCUGUCAGAAUGGCGCCGACUGCCACAGCAUCACUGGGGGCUGCACUUGUGCCCCAGGCUUCAUGGGAGAGGUCUGUGCCGUUUCCUGUGCAGCAGGGACCUACGGCCCCAACUGCUCGUCCAUCUGUAGCUGUAACAAUGGUGGCACCUGCUCCCCAGUAGAUGGCUCCUGUACCUGCAAAGAAGGGUGGCAGGGCCUGGACUGCACCCUGCCGUGUCCCAGUGGGACGUGGGGCCUGAACUGCAACGAGAGCUGCACCUGUGCCAAUGGGGCAGCCUGCAGCCCCAUAGAUGGCUCCUGUUCCUGCACCCCUGGCUGGCUGGGAGACACCUGUGAGCUGCCUUGCCCGGAUGGUACAUUUGGGCUGAACUGCAGUGAACACUGUGACUGCAGCCAUGCUGAUGGAUGUGACCCUGUCACAGGCCACUGCUGCUGCCUGGCCGGAUGGACAGGCAUCCACUGUGACAGCACGUGUCCACCUGGCCGCUGGGGCCCCAACUGCUCUGUCUCCUGCAGCUGUGAGAAUGGAGGCUCCUGCUCCCCAGAGGAUGGGAGCUGCGAGUGUGCCCCUGGCUUCCGAGGACCCUUAUGCCAGAGAAUCUGUGCCCCUGGGUUCUACGGCCACAGCUGCGCCCAGCCAUGCCCCCUCUGUGUGCACAGCAGCGGGCCCUGCCACCAUGUCAGCGGCAUCUGUGAGUGCCUCCCAGGAUUCUCUGGAGCUCUCUGCAACCAAGUGUGUGCUGGAGGACACUUUGGGCAGGACUGUACCCAGCUUUGCUCCUGUGCCAACAAUGGGACCUGCAGCCCUAUCGAUGGCUCCUGUCAGUGCUUUCCUGGAUGGAUUGGCAAGGACUGCUCACAGGCUUGCCCACCCGGGUUCUGGGGCCCCGCCUGCUUCCACACAUGCAGCUGCCACAACGGGGCGAGCUGCAGCGCCGAGGACGGGGCCUGCCACUGCACCCCUGGCUGGACUGGACUCUUCUGCACACAGCGCUGCCCAGCAGCAUUUUUUGGGAAGGACUGUGGGCGUGUAUGCCAAUGUCAGAAUGGCGCCAGCUGUGACCACAUCAGUGGCAAGUGCACCUGCCGCACAGGCUUCACCGGGCAACACUGUGAGCAGAGAUGUGCCCCAGGAACCUUUGGCUAUGGGUGUCAGCAGCUAUGUGAGUGCAUGAACAACUCCACCUGUGACCAUGUCACCGGCACCUGUUACUGCAGCCCUGGCUUCAAAGGAAUCAGGUGUGACCAAGCUGCCCUCAUGAUGGAGGAGCUGAAUCCCUACACCAAGAUCAGCCCAGCACUGGGUGCAGAGCGGCACUCGGUGGGUGCUGUCACAGGCAUCAUGCUCCUGUUAGUCCUCAUUGUGGUGCUGCUGGGCCUAUUUGCCUGGCAUCGGCGGCGGCAGAAAGAGAAGGGCCGAGACCUGGCUCCCCGCGUCUCCUACACACCUGCCAUGAGGAUGACCAGCACCGACUACUCCCUCUCAGGUGCUUGUGGAAUGGAUAGACGUCAGAACACAUACAUUAUGGACAAAGGCUUCAAAGAUUACAUGAAAGAAUCCGUGUGCAGUUCUAGUACUUGUUCCUUGAAUAGCAGUGAAAACCCUUACGCCACAAUUAAGGACCCACCCAUCCUCACCUGCAAGCUUCCAGAAAGCAGCUAUGUAGAAAUGAAGUCGCCUGUGCACAUGGGGUCUCCGUACACAGAUGUGCCAUCCUUGUCGACAUCUAAUAAAAAUAUAUAUGAAGUUGAGCCCACAGUCAGUGUGGUCCAAGAAGGUCGCGGUCAUAACUCCAGCUAUAUCCAGAAUCCAUACGACCUACCUAGGAACAGCCAUAUUCCUGGUCAUUAUGACCUCCUCCCAGUAAGACAGAGCCCUGCCAAUGGGCCGUCCCAGGACAAGCAAUCUUAAGAGGGAUAAGCUUCUCUCUUGCAGUGUGCUCUACUGAAUAUUCUGACUCUCUGAAAGAAGACAAUCCCUUGACUUGAAGUAAUGGUACAGACUGGCUCCAGCUGCAUGUUAGUUAUUACGUUCACCUGGAACUAAAGAAGAGCAUCCAGGUGGGACUGGGAUAAUUGUUCAAGGAAUUGUGUUCUCAAAGGCAAAUCCUAUCACCCACUCAGCCCCAAAUGCCCUGGAUAUGAUUUUUAAAACAUUUUAAGACAUAACUACUCAUCAACAUCAGCUAAAUAUAGCUGAUACAUAUCUAUUUAUCUGAAAUGUGGUAUUUUAAAAACAUGUAGGUUUAACAAACCUUCCUAGGACAAAAAGGAGACUGGGGAGGGAAGAGGAUUACUUUAAAGCACCUAAAACAUAUAUGUACUUUUGGUUGCUAUUAUCAUCAACAUCUGUUUUAUUACCAAAGACAAUUAGUACAUAGACAUGAACUGUUCUUAAAUAGAACAGUCUUAAAAUAUCUGUACAUAUAUGUCUGUUCCAUCAAAUUACAACAGCCAAGAUUACAGAAUCUAGUAUAUAGUCUAAUACUGACAACUUCCAUUUUAAAAAACAAGACUUGACUUUCUUCUGCCCCAUAAGUGAUAGGUUUAAAUAUACACACACACAGACACACACA